GUUUUUGUGUAUUUCUUAAAUUUAUGUUCGCAAAAAAAGAUAAAUUUUUAACAAAAAAAAGCUAUGACAAAUGUAUAAUUACACCUCAUAGAAAUACAGAGUUGUGUAAUUUCAUGUUUGUUGUUGCGAAUGCCUCUCUGUUGCUAACUUGUGAAGCUGGUCGCAUGCGGACUGGCGGAAUUCGCCUUGCAGUUAUAUGACACAACAUGUAUUUGCAAUACAAUGAAAAUGUCGAUUACUUCAGUCUCGAAGAACUCAGGCAUCUUGCUGGAGCGAUGGGAUUCCCGAAAGAAGUAUUUGAGAGCAACAUACCGAAUGAUCUUUUUGAUGAAAAAGAAAAAAUCACAACAAGAGAUUUAAUCAAAUGUAUUGAAGAUCGUUGCUUUCAUGUUGACCUACAUUUUACUGUCAACUUGAAAUCUGCGACGUAUAAUGCGACAUGCUUGAAGGAGGCAGUUAAAUUUAUAUCAAAACGAUAUUUAAGUUUCAAGGAAUUGCUUGAAGUUCGACUUGCAUUCCAAUCGUAUGAGGCGUAUGAUCAAAACGGGAUGAAAAUUGACGAACUUAUAUUUUUGCGAACGUUAAAAAUGUGCGGGAGAGUGAUUUCACCAAAAAAAUUAAUGCAUAAGUUGAAACAUUUAAAAUUAAGUUUUAAAGUAAAGGGGAGGAUUCAGUUUUUUGAGUUCUUAGAUCUUUUAGAAUUAUGUGAGUUCACAAAAAAUCAAAUUUUAACUGGUGAUGAGUUGCAUUCACCUGUCGAAAAAAGCUGGACAAGAUUAUACAAAGUUGACAAUUUUAAGCGUUUUACGACACCCCAAGAUAAGAAAAUAUGGAAACAUUUGAAUGAGGAAUAUAAAAAUGAAGAAUUGAAUUACAACCAACCUAAAUUGAAAUCAAAUAAUUUUAUCAAGAAUCCUCUCACACCAGAUGAUUUUCGAAUGCAGGUUAAACUCGCGAAUAAACAGUACGAAACGCUUCACAAAAGUUUGAGAAACUCGAGCAAACAGGUUAAACUAGCAAGAGGUGGAUUCACUUUUGUACGUCCACAAACGUAUUCUUAUCAAAAUAAGAAAGACAUGAGAAGUAAACGUACAAUGUCGGCUUCAACUGGUAAAAAUACAUUUGAAAACACUCCCAGAGCUCCAUCAAGAACUUCGAUACCGGCUACGGAAUUAACUGAUGGAUUUCCUUCAACUAGAAGUAAAAAAAAGCUGAGACCACAAUCUAGUCCGCCUGUUAUGACCGAUAGGUUACUAGAAGAUUCAAAAUCCAAAGUUGAAAAUGUGCAGUUUGAUAUGUGCACGGAACACCAACGUUGGUUUGAAUAUUAUCACGACAAUAUUACCCAUCAUCUCCCCAAUUAUCAUGAAGUUCUGAGAAGAAUGAGAAAACCUUUUCCAGCACCGAGAAGGAAACGUUUUUAUAGACGACCUCGUCCAAAUCCUAAGGUUAUUUCUCGUUUGUCAAGUCAUGAACCGAACCCUCCGCUUGAGCACUUACAACACUGUGACGCAUUAUCUUGCGGAAUUGGAAGUGAUAAUCAUUCCAUGCUGUUAAAAAACAAAGCGAAAAAAGUCCGCUGUAAAUCUGCUCCUGUUUCAUCCUCAAAUAAAUUUUCUGCGACAGAAUUUAAACCCUCGAAAGUUACGAAUCAAUAUUCUUCCUUGCUACAAUCAUUAAUGGAAGAGUAUGGCUACGUCAGUGAGGAUGAUUCAAUAACUGAAGAUAAUAAGAAUGAAAAAAAUCUAGAAAUUGACCUCGCAGAAUCCUCAUUAAAAUAUGAAGUUGAAAAAAUUGAACCAACAGAACUUGAAAGUGAACACUAUUCUGAAGAGGUCAAAAGUGAACAAUAUUCUGAACAAGAAGAUCAGACAAAUUUAAUUCUUUCAGAAAGCUCAGGUUCUUUCACUGAAUCAUCACGACUUGUUUCUGAAAAUAUUGAUAAUGUUGAGAAUGAUGCCGAAAAAAAACAACAAUUUAUUGAUGAAUUUUUCGAAUGGCGAAAACACAAAAAAACUAACGUAACAAAUUUGAUAAAGGAAACAGGUUAUUAUCGUCCAUGUGUCAAGCUUGAUCACAGUACCCAAAGAAAUAUCUCCUCCCCGGAGAGUUUUAAAAAAGUUUUUCGACCCCCCAGUGCAAAAACUAGCGAAUGCCAAACUGAAAAUUUAUCAGAUUUCGAAAAACACGUCCUCGACCCAGAAAAUUUACGAAUUCGUCAUGAUGUUAGUCUUGCAGAGGAUGAAGUUGAUUUUUAUAUGAUCGAAAGAAAAGUUAGGUCGUUGAGAAGGAUUGCAAAACGCUACUCUGGAAAGGACAGACGAUGGUUUUCUACUCUAGUAAAAACUACAGAAAUAAAUGAUUCUCCGAUCAAACCAUUAAACAAUGGUAUAUCCGUAAAUGACUAGAAAUUUGUGUAUUAUGAUAGUUGAUUAUUGAAUAUAUUUUUUUAAACUACUCCCAAAAAAUGAAUUGUUUUCCGCCCACUCACUUUUCUAUCUCAUCUUUCAAAUGCAAAUCGAAUUUUUUUUUUCGAAUUCCAGUUUUUUUCUGAAACUUCAUCAUUUUUCAUUUUUUUCAACUUUAUUCCAAUAUUUUUCUCUAUAUUUGAAUCAAUUUUUCACAUGUCUGUUUUUUUAUUUCUCUCUGUUUUGCAUACAUUUUAUAUACUAUAGUCAUUCGCUUUAA